AUGUCUUUACCACCUAACAUACAUCGCAAAGCAUCUGAUGCUGGUCAUGUUAAUAAGACACAUUCUGAUAAGAACAAACAUAUGUCUGGACAUACUGAAACAAAGAAUGGAACACAUGGCAAAACAGAAAUUUCUGGACACAAAAAUACUCUUCGAAAAUCUAAGUCUGUUGAUCAUACAAGUGCACAUAGUAAAUUAGAUGGCAAGAAACAUACCAGCGUUAAUACACGUGCAAAAACUACACGCGCAGCUGAAGAUGCACAUACCAAUGCAACGUCAAAAUCUCGUGGAGUACCAGCCAAUCAUGGUUCUCAUCCUCAUACUAAAGCACAAGCACACACAGACGGAAAAAAAACAAAACAUGACCGUUCAGACUCACAUGGAAAAAGUGGUACUCACAGUACAGCUAAGAAAUCUGAUGGUCAAAAAUCACAAACAAAUAAAUCAAACAAAACUAAACACGAGAAAAGUGAUCGAGAAAAGGAUGGUAAUACAGGUACUAUAAUUGAAUGCUCAGUUGAAUGUAAUCUUAUGUAUUACACAAUUUUAUAA